UUUGCAAUUAUUUUCUUUAUUUUGAUUUACAAUUCGGGCCAAAAAAACCGCACAUAUAUCUUUACUCCAUAAUACACAAAGACACAAUCGGGCGGCAGUGUGUGAUAAGAUUGGACAAACAACUAGUUAGCCGCAAUGCGAAUUAUUAUGAAAGACACGACGGAAAUUCUAAAAAAGCUGCGUCAGCUGAUGCAGUCCCAUGGGCCGUCUCCUUUGGCGGCCUACAUUGUGCCAUCGGACGACGCGCAUCAGAGUGAAUAUAUUUGUCAGCAUGACGAACGCAGAGCGUUUGUUAGCGGAUUCGAUGGCAGUGCGGGUACAGCUGUUAUAACCGCAGACAAGGCACUUUUGUGGACUGAUGGGCGUUACUAUCAGCAGGCUCUCAAACAAUUGGAUUCCAAUUGGGAACUGAUGAAGGAUGGCCUACCCACUACACCGAGUGUGGCCAGCUGGUUGGCUUGUAAUCUGGCCAAAGACAGUAAGGUAGGAGUUGAUCCAAAAUUGUUUUCCUACCGCUUGUGGAAGCCCAUUGAGAAAGAGUUAUCUGGUGCUGAUUGCUGUCUGAUACCAGUUGAGGAAAAUUUAGUGGAUAUUGUUUGGGGUGAGGAACAACCAAAGCAGACAUCCAACCCCAUUAUUACAUUGGACACUACAUUUGCCGGUAUGACGGUUUCGGAUAAGUGGGCAAAUGUCAAGGAAAAAUUAACCGAGAAGAAGGCCCAAGCUUUGGUGGUCAGUGCUUUGGAUGAAAUUGCAUGGUUUUUGAAUUUACGUGGUUCGGACAUUGAUUACAAUCCAGUAUUUUUCGCUUACUUAAUAAUUACCCAUGAAAAGCUGAUGUUCUUUGUGGAUUCAGCAAAGUUGCCUAGCGAUUUCAAACAACAUCAGUCCAGUAAUGGUGUUGAGAUUAGCAUUUACAGUUACUCGGCCAUUGGGGUGGUGUUGGGCCGUUUGACCGAGAACAAUGCCGAAAGUAAAAUCUGGAUCUCCCCAGGUUCCAGUUACUACCUCAAUGCAUUGAUUCCCAAGAAAAUAAGACACCAGGAAAUUACACCAAUUGCAUUGGCCAAGGCCAUUAAAAAUCCCAUUGAAGUCGAAGGAUUCAUUAAUUCCCACAUACGUGAUGGCGUGGCAUUGUGUCAGUAUUUUGCUUGGCUUGAACAAAUGAUUGCCCAAAAACAGCCGGUAGAUGAGAUCUCAGGUGCUACCAAACUAGAGGAAUUUAGAUCGAAGAAGGAACACUUUAUGGGUUUGAGUUUCCCAACCAUUAGCUCUUCGGGUCCCAACGGCUCGGUAAUACAUUAUCAUCCAGCCCAAGAGACAAAUCGUCCCAUCAACGACAAGGAAGUUUAUUUGUGUGAUUCUGGCGCCCAGUAUAGAGAUGGUACAACAGAUGUUACACGUACCUGGCACUUUGGUGAACCUACCGAUUUUCAAAUGGAAACCUAUACUCGUGUUUUAAAGGGCCAAUUGGCUUUGGGUGCCACAGUGUUUCCCAAAAAAGUCAAGGGCCAAGUUCUGGAUACCUUGGCCAGAAAAGCUCUGUGGGAUGUGGGUCUGGAUUAUGGCCAUGGCACGGGACAUGGUGUUGGUCAUUUCUUGAACGUACACGAAGGUCCCAUGGGUGUGGGUAUACGUCUAAUGCCCGAUGAUCCUGGUCUACAAGAGAAUAUGUUCAUUUCCAAUGAGCCGGGUUACUAUCAAGAUGGUGAAUUUGGCAUACGCAUUGAGGAUAUUGUGCAAAUUGUUCCGGCCACGACAAAGCAUGACUUCAAUGGUCGUGGAGCAUUGACAUUUAAAACAAUUACUUUGGCUCCCAAGCAAACCAAAAUGAUUAAGAAGGAACUAUUGCUGCCAGAGGAGAAAAAAUUGUUGAACGACUAUCAUCGUCUUGUUUGGGAUACUCUGUCGCCAAUAUUGAAGAAAGAAGAUGACAAACUUACUUUGGCUUGGCUAGAGCGAGAAACAAAAGAAAUCUAAGAAAUGGAUGGCAUUUAAACAAAAUAUAAUCUUUGAAAAAUUGUUUUUUUUUACAUACAUAUGUACGUAUAUAUACACUAUAAUAAGCGAAUUUUUAUAAUAUACCAAUCUAUCUAUUUGUUGUUAUUAAAGUAUGCAGCCGGUCUUUUUUUAAUAAAGCAACAAAGAAAUAAAUAAAUGUAUA